CAAAUUAACUAAGUGGCAUGUGUUUGGACUCUGGCCAUAUUCAGAGUGAAAAGAUAGCGCAGCCGCUACUCUUUCACCCUUUGUAUAAUAAAAGUGCUGCGCUAAGAAAAUUUUGCAGUCGACUUCUCUGCAGUGACGAGACCAGAACCCCAACGAAAUCACAAUGUUGGCCCGCAUUUUCUUCUUCUUGGCCGUGAUCCAGUUCUCGGACGUUAUCGGGGCGCACGAGAAGCGUUCGACUAGCGUGCUCGGCACCAAUUGCAAAAUCCGCAGCAAGGCCCUGCCCAACGAGUACCUGACACAGUUGCCCAAGGACCAAUCAGGUUUGGUCGUGUCCGCGGCCUCCUCGGGCAGUCCCCUGAGCACCAAGUGGAAGCUGACUCAGCUCACCGUCGACGGCAAGACCUUCUUUGAGCUGCAGAACCGACAGUUCGAGACCUACAUGAACAAUUACUAUUACACGGAGAUGUGGAUGGUGUCCGGCGCGAGGCAGAACUUCGCCGCGACCAACAAGAGGGACACGCUGUGGAUCGUGGAGCCGGCGCAGCUGAACGUGCCCGUGACCAUCAAGCACGUCGUCACGGGCUCCUACCUCACCAUUCCGAAAGGCUCUUUCGCCCAGAGAAACGUUUUCCUCUCCAGGGCGAGUUCCGGUGACGAGUCUAAAUGGGAAAUCGUUUGUUAACAGGGCACGGAAUAAAAAAGCUCAUUUUAA